AUGGAUUCCGAUUUCUGGGCAACGCGCAUCGCCGCCGCGAAGAGGCAAUUCAAUUUGCAGAGCCACCACAAUCUCGGCCGCAGCCACCACAGCUCUCAAUUGGAUUUUGAGGGCGACGAGGAGGCCCGGCCCGAAUAUCCAUGCUCGUAUUGUUAUGAAGAGUUUGAUUUAACAUCACUUUGCUCGCAUCUGGAGUCUCACCACUCCUUCGAAUCAAAACCCACUGUAUGUUCUAUUUGUUCUGCUAAAGUCACCGGGGACAUGUUGAGCCAUAUCACUAGGCGUAGCCGAUUGCGUAGGGUUCCUUUUGCCAACAAUCAAUCGCUAUCUCUGCUGGGAAGGGAUUUAAGAGAAGCCCAUUUACAGGUUCUUCUUGGCGGCAAUGGAUAUCGAUCAACUAUUGCCACGUCAUCAUCAUCAUCAGCUGUGGCUGAUAAUUUGCUCUCUUCUCUGAUUUUGAGCUUCUCUGCUUCCGAACUUGAUGACGUGUCGAAAUCAUUGUUGUCGAGUUUAGAGGAAAGUUCCGCAAAGAGUACGUCAUCUCAACAUUUUUGGAAAUCAAGUUUCUAUUCUUUGAGUCGUGAAGAACGUGAAAAAAGAAUGCAACAGGCAGCUGGACGAGCUGUUUUCGUCCAAGAUCUGCUUGUUUCGACUCUAUUAGCCGACUAG